AUGGAAGAACAGGAUUAUAAAUCAUUGACUGUCAGAAGUGGACGACUGGCGGGGUUAGAUGUUAUUUCAGAGCCUAUUGUACCUUAUUUACGUCGUGCCGAUUUUCUUGGCGCUGCUAGGAUGGGCCAUAUGGAGAUUGAUAGUGUAUUAGUCACAACUCUAGUUAAGCGAUGGAUACCAGAGACCUAUGCAUUUCAUAUGCUUCCGGGAGAGGUUACUAUGACACUCGAGGAUGUUGCAAUGAUCACAGGUCUUUCUACGGACGGUGAACCUGUUACUGGCAUGUCUGAAACACGAGAGUUAAGAACUUUGGUACGACAACUGCUUGGGAGGACCCCGAGUGCAUCUAAUUUUAAGGGUGGUACUCUUAAGACUUCAUGGUUGGAUGGAAAUUUUGCAAAUAUUGAGGAAUAG